AGGCUAGAAGAGCAAACAGGAACAGAAAGUGAAGUCUGGUCAUGAUGUUUGUGUGUAUGUGUGUGAGGGUGACAAAAAGAAGCACACAAGCUGAUGCCUCAAGUUUGAUUAACUGACAAGCAGGAGGAGGCCAGACCUGACACUGUGACCUGGACUUAAGGUGUCUUCUGCCUCGCUCUCUGCCAACAAAUGAGAGAGGAGAAGCUUUCCUCCCUUUCAGAGGGGUUUCAGUGAAAAAAUGAGCUGUGACACUGCUACACUAAAAGACCCAAGGUGUCAAGUUAUUGAGCACAUCAAAAGGGAAGGCAAAAAGCACUUGGCUACAAUUUCUGCAAGAUUACAGUCAUCGCAGUUUUAGACUGAAGCUCAUUUCUGCUGUCUUCCAUCUUCUAUUGCAUCAGCUUGAAGCAAAUGAAACUCCAAACAAGCUUUAAAUCUGCUAUGUGGACAGAAAUCUGAUGUCCUGAGAGCCAUCUAAACCAUUAAGUUGGCUUAAAACAUUUGGUCUAAAAGCUAUGGAAGGGACAACAGAGAGCAUCCGCAAUUUCUUCAACCAUCUUUGGAUCUUUGUGACGGCCAAACACAACCAGGGUGUCUACAAUACAGUGUGCCUGGUGGUCCUCCUCACUCUGCCUCUCAUCGUUUUCCUCACCACGCUGGCAGUGUGUUGCCACUGUUGCUGCUGUCACCAUGCAAAAAGCUGCUGCUGCUGCUGUCGAGUAGGAGGGGGCGCCACUGAAUCCAAGAAAAAGAAGAAAAACUCGGCCAAUAACGAUGACUUGUGGAUUUCAGUCAAGACGGGGCAGAUGAUGCCUGAUCUGGUCGCCCUGCCAAUGGAGUAAGAAGUCAUUUUUCCUGGUCAGAAGCCUUUCGCUGGAUGGGAGACUGAAAAGACUGUAAAACUGUGCUAAAACUGUUUGGAUUUUGUGUUAGCACCAUGUUUACAACUUUUGUGGUACAGACAUUCAGAAGCUCAAUAGAUGCCAGUAUGGCAGAAUUUUCAGGGUCAAACUGUUAAAAGUGUUGCUAUGUCACUGUUUUGCGGCAUAUCGAUGACAAAGAGUUAAGUUGGAGUGCGUUGAGGAGCUGCGUGUAGUGCUUUGCUGCUGUAUUCUGGCAUGUGUAUGUAAUUUUGAACCUUUAGACAUCCCUCAGUCCCUAUUAGACCAUGCUGGAAAUCCGAGUGAAUCUGUGUUUGUAUGUCCGCAUAUGAGCUGUUCAUGCUGUUCUGUAUUCAGGAGGGCACAUCAGUUUCCAAGGCCAGUUGUAACCCGGCCUUCUCGUCACAAGCAAUCUACGAUGUCUUUGAAAGUAAAGAAAGAAAAGAAGAGAAAUUACUCUUGAUUUUUGGCUCAGGAAUUCAAAGCACGUGUUGACUGCUGUCAUUGCUGGUUCGGGUCCACGGGUAUUUUGAAAAGCUCAGCUCGGUUACAUCUCAUGGGACGUUUAUAGCAAUUCUCGUCAAACUAUGCAUUUCACCAUAUCAAAGAAUUCCCCCAUGUUAUAAGGAUAACAGCAAAUUAGUUGUAUUAACUUUGCUGAAAAGCUCUAACAACGACUCUGCAAACCGUUGACAAUUUAUUCCAAAUCGAAGAACAGUCCAAAAAAAUAAAACUGGGCCCACGCUCCAUUUCUAGCAGCAUGUACUGGGCAUCCAGGGAAGCCGGGGGUGGCAUCAAUUUUGGAUUGGGCAAAACAGUUCGUAAGUGUCUUUGUUCAGUGCAACGCUGAUUAUCGGUAUCUUCUGUCAGCGUCAGCCGGAUGUUAGGGUUAGGGUUUGAGUUACCGUAUAGCGAGGGUGUGACAUGGUUGGUCAACUUGCACCAUACUACUGUACUUUUUUUUUUUUUUUUUUUAAUUGAACAAUACAAAACAUACAAAUAACAGACAAUAAUACAAAGCAACUAGUUCACAUAGAAUAUAACCUUCUCAACAUGUUUACAUCAUAAGAUAUACAAAAAAAAUAAUAAAUAGAAAUAAUAACUCAAGAGGAAACUAAGUAUAAGCUAAACAAUUUUGCAUGAGCUUCUAGAGUAGACUUGCAUUUAUUAUUUUGUAUCAUAUUAAGUGAUGUGAAAUAUGUUCAAAUUCAACCCAAAAAAAUGUUAAAAGUUCGAAUUUACUUUUAUGAAAUUUAGAUUUAUGAAUAUGAAAUUUCCCUAACAAUAUAUAAAGAUUUAAUACCGUUUAUGGCAUCAUUCCUGCCUCAACCAUAACUUAACAAAGGAAUUAUGUGCUAAUAUAAGGGUACCCAAAUUCUUGAAAACAAGGGCGUAGGUUUAGUCUCAACAUUGGUAGGGAGGAUAUAACGGCAUAACCUUCAUGUACACUUUUUGCUGGGGACGGGACAUAAACAAGACCAAACAGAUAAUUGAACGGGGGUCAGGGCAACAUUUCUCAUGAAUAUGAACCUAAUUAGUUGAUAGGCUAAAUGAUCAAUACAAAAUAAAUCUGUAUUGACUUACAGUAUACUUACUUUCAUGUGUAUUGGUUCAGGUGGUAUGUUUGAUUCAAAACAUUUUAAGUGCAAGCCCUUAAUUUAAAAAAAACACCCCAAAAAAACCACUUGGAGCUAUCCAAGAAUGGGUCCACUUCAGGAGGAUACUGGAGCACCCCUAGACUCAAACUAAAGUAUUGAAAUAUAAAAGUGGUUUGAGGAAAAAAAAUAAAUGGAAAAAAAAUUCUGAGAUAUACAAGGAGCGAUCUGCAUCUGAGGCAUACUAGACUACCCAAAGACUCGAACCAAGGUAUUCUCAUGAAAUUCUAACGUGUGAUUUCAUUUCACACAAUUUUUUUUUGUAUCAGUUCAUGUUCAUAUCAGUGCCCCCCAGAAGUAGACACAUUCUUGGAUAGCUCCCCCUUUUUUUUUUUUUUUAAUAAAGGGACUUGCACUCUGAAGCUACCACGUUGCAUUACUGUAAUGCACAUAAUGCAAACAAUGAUCCAAAUGAGGGACGACUAACUUGACUUUGUUGUUCCUUGUGGAGGCUGGCCUGACCGCAGUAGCUUUGCAAGUUAGCAAGUUCACAUGGUUUAAUGUUAUGCUAACUCUGAUGCAGGUCAGACUUUCAGUGCAAAAUGUGUGGUGUUUCCCCCAAAUCCACAACAGGGAUGUCUUUUUACAGGUGCUGCUGCUGCUGGCCAAAAAUAAAACUUUAAAAACUAACUAAUAUCCCACCUCUUGGAAGGGGAUGGGCAUGUUGUCGACAUGAAUCUGUCGGGGCUGAGUGAGUGUGCGUGUGUGCACGUGUGGCGGAGGUGAGGGGUGGGGGGUCAAGUCAUCAGCCAAUCGAAUGUGCAUUUGAGGGGGAAAAAUGAACCGGCACAUUCAGCAAGUGAAAAAAGAUCAAUUUAAGUUUGAAACAAUAAUGAAAAAAAUUCACUAAAUAAUGGUAGGGUUUAUUCUGUCCUUAUAACAUAUAAGAAGACGAUCUAUAUUACCUAUAUACAGUAACUGAACUCAUUAUAUAAUGCAAAUAAGGUUGAAAGUUGGUGGGGACAAUUUGAGAGUCCUGAAAGGUUGGUCGUGUUAUGUCCUUACCGUCCCUAUGCAAACCCUUGCUUGAAAGUCAUAUUCUUUAUCCUGAGCAAAGACUAAUUAACAUUACUGUGUCGUAUUGAAAGUUAGUGAUCAUGGGCUCAUAUUAGACGGCACUACUGAACUUCCUAACGUUUUUUGCAACAAAUCUCAAUGUUUACCCCAGAGGUUGCGCUGGACAUUUUCGUUGUCUGUCAUUUUGACUGACAGGGUCAUACAAAUCCGGUCAUAGUCUAUUUUUACCCGUCACUUAAAUUUUUAAAAUGAUAAUGAUGACAUAUUCAAUAGUAUUUAGUAUUCAUUCAUUUUUAAUUAAUAUUGUAACGCUUGCUUGGCGGCGAAAAAUUAGACACGGAAGUCGUGGUAUUUUUCUCCCUUUUUACUCUGCUUACCGCCAACAACUCCGCCCCCAAAGAAAAAGAGGCAACGAUAUAGACCCCAAUCACUAACGUCACACAAUGAUCUUAAUUGUGGUUGUCAGCCCAAAAUCUUCUAAAUAUAUAUUAAAUGCAUCUUACCAGAUAUAAAAAGACUACUACAUAGUCUGUGGUGAUCGUUUGGUGCCCAGAUUUCUUGUCGAAUUACAGCAGUCCAUCUCGCUCUCAUCUUCGCGUCUCUCAGAAUACGGUAGAACUUCAAGUCUCUCCGUCUAUCUUCUCUGUUACAGCAACCAACCACCACACACGCCUUCACCAUUUUGAUUAUUAAUAUUAACGAGCAGAAAAACAUGCCGUAAUAGGAGGCAUGUAUGUAGCGGUAAUGUGUAAACAUGACGAGCUGACACACAAUAUGGCGGCCCCGGUCAGGGCGGCGGAGUUGUGACGUCAUGUGUUUGGGGUCUAUACACAGGCGGCAAUCUUGUCCAUCAAUUGGAUGACGCGCUGGCACACCGGGUGCACCAAUAAGAACCUCGCGUUGAUGUGUCAAUCACGGUGCCGCCGCCAGACCCCGGUGACGCUACAAUAUUCUGACAGAAGAGCCAAUGACGUCAUGCAUUAAGAGAGACAAUAGCUAAUUAAUAUGCUAACUCGCCACCCUGUGGUCUCACUGGUCUGGGGUGUGAAUUGCAACCUGUCAAAAUGACGGACGGACUUCAGUUUUUUCCGUCACCGUUUUAAAAAACCGGUCAACGACGGAAAAUAUCCGGUUAACGCGACCCCUGGUUUACCCCAACUGUAGCUGUUUAAAUAAUACAUGUACAGUGCCUUGCAAAAGUAUUCGGCCCCCUUGAACCUUGCAACC